AUGGCGGUCCGACAGCGAAAGAAGUUGGUCGUUGUCGGCCUGGGCAUGGUCGGCUUCGCCUUCAUAGAAAAAGUCUUGAAGCUCGAUGCCAGGGGUCGCGAGUACGACAUCGUAGUCAUCGGCGAAGAGCCCCAUUUAGCAUACAAUCGUGUCGGGCUCACGAGUUUUUUUGCGCACCGGAAAGUCGAGAGUUUGUAUCUGAAUCCUAAGCAAUGGUACGAAUCGCAAUUACCGGAGAGAAAACUCGACUACAAUGUGAAUACGACAGUAACGAGUAUUGAUUCUGGGAAGAAGAACGUGACAUGUUCAAACGGCGAGGUGGUUCCGUAUGAUAUCCUGGUGUUGGCCACUGGCUCGGAUGCUGUUGUUCCAAGACACACACCUGGCUAUGAUGCAAACGGCGUGUUCGUCUAUCGAACAAUAGAUGAUCUCCAAAAGCUCAUAGAAUUCGGAGAAGCACACAGGGAUACCACUGGACUCGUCGUUGGCGGCGGCUUGCUGGGUCUUGAGGCGGGCAAGGCCAUGUUGGACUUGGGAUGCUUCAAUAAAGUCAGGAUGAUCGAAGGAAGUCGCUGGGUUCUGAGCCGACAGUUGGAUAAAGACGCAGGUGGCCUGGUCAUCAAAAAGAUCACCGAGCUAGGAGUCGACAUCGUCCUUGGCAAACGGGUCGGUCAGGUGAAUACCGAUGAAGCAAAUAAUGUGGUCGGGGUUGAGUUUGAGGACGGAGAGAAGAUGAAAUGCUCCACUAUCUGCUUUGCCAUCGGUAUUCGUCCACGGGAUAACCUGGCAAGAAGCGCAGGCAUCAAAUGUGCGGACCGUGGCGGCGGUAUCAUUGUCAACAACGAUCUGCAGACAAGCAUCCCCGACAUCUACGCCAUUGGAGAGUGUGCGAACUGGGAGGGCCAGUGCUUUGGGCUGCUCGCCCCUGGCGUCGAGAUGGCCGAUGUCCUCUCUUUCAACCUCACUCAGGCGAAGCUGCAUUCGCCACGCGUCUUCAAGCGGCCAGACCUCAGCACCAAGCUCAAGCUGCUCGGUGUCGACGUAGCAAGCUUCGGCGACUACUUUGCCGACCGCGACGGGCCAAGCCAUCUACCAGCAAAAGCCGCCCGAAAGCCGUCGGAAAAGCAGAGUGCAGUCAAGACGGUCGUACAUGGACUGCCUGAGCCCCCUGUGCCCCCUGUCAAGGCACUCACGUACCUGGAUCCCUUCUCACAUGUCUACAAGAAGUAUCUAUUCACCACCGACGGCAAGUAUCUUCUUGGCGGCAUAAUGAUUGGAGACACCAGCGAUUAUAUCAGAUUGGUGCUCACGGUAAAGAACCAGAAGGAGCUCGACGUGCUGCCGUCUCAGCUUAUCCUCGGUGCAAAGAAGGACGGCGAAGAUAAUGCCGACGAUCUCGAUGAUGACACUCAGGUUUGUUCCUGUCACAACGUCACCAAAGGCGACAUGGUGGCCGUGGUCAAAGAAGGAACAUGCAAAACCGUCGGCGAUGUCAAGGCAUGUACUAAGGCGGGGACCGGAUGUGGUGGUUGCGUCCCACUUGUGACGACCAUCUUUAACAAGACAAUGAGGUCCAUGGGUGCCGAAGUAACCAACUACGUUUGCUCCCAUUUCAACUACUCCCGCGCCGAUCUGUACACCAUCGCCAUGGUGAAGAGGCUGAAGACUUUCCCCGAGGUUAUGCGCGAGGCGGGGAACGACAAGGCCUCGGAGGGCUGCGAAGCUUGCAAGCCUACUGUAGGAAGUAUCUUUGCAUCUUUGUGGAACAAACACGUUAUGGACCGGACCACACACGGUUUGCAGGAAACCAACGACCGAUUCAUGGGAAAUAUCCAACGGAAUGGCACAUACUCGGUCGUGCCACGAGUAUCAGCUGGUGAGAUCACACCAGACAAACUGAUAGUCAUCGGCGAGGUUGCCAAGAAGUUCAACCUAUACACCAAGAUCACAGGUGGCCAACGUAUCGACAUGUUCGGCGCCAAGAAGCAAGACUUGCUUGAAAUCUGGAAGGCAUUGGUUGAAGGUGGAAUGGAAAGUGGACAUGCGUAUGCGAAGUCGCUGCGUACCGUCAAAAGCUGCGUCGGCACCACUUGGUGCAGAUACGGUGUCGGCGACAGUGUCGGUAUGGCCGUUCGUCUUGAGGAGCGGUACAAGAGUAUCCGCAGUCCUCAUAAAAUCAAGGGCGGUGUCAGUGGCUGCGUGCGUGAGUGUGCCGAGGCGCAAAACAAGGACUUCGGUCUCAUCGCUACAGAGAAGGGUUUCAACAUCUUCGUGGCAGGCAACGGUGGUGCAUCGCCUAAGCACUCCGAGCUUCUCGCAAAAGACUUGCCCCCCAGCGAAGUGAUCCCAAUUAUUGACCGCUACCUCAUGUUCUAUAUCCGCACAGCCGACAAGCUGCAGCGUACAGCACGGUGGCUUGAGAACCUACCAGACGGGAUCAAAUACCUCAAGGAGGUGGUCCUUGAGGACAAACUGGGCAUCUGUGCAUCCCUUGAGGCACAAAUGCAGGAGCUGGUUGACAGUUUUUUCGACGAGUGGGCAGAAGCGAUUAAGGACCCGGCCAUCGCAGCCAAAUUCAAGCAGUUUGCCAACACGGCAGAAAGCAUGGACAACAUGGACCUCGAGGAGGACCGCGACCAGACACGACCCGUCUGUUGGGCCGAGGAGUCAGCCCAGGAGGACUUUAAGGGCCUGAAAGAUCGCUGGACGUCGACGAGUUGGCAGCCUGUCAUCGCAGCCUCGUACUUUGCUGGUGCCGACCAGGUGGCCAACGGCAUCUCGGCCAAUAUCAAGCGUGGGGACACGCAGCUAGCCCUGUGGAGGGUUAAGGGCAAGUACUACGCCACGCAGCAAAUGUGCCCGCACAAACGCACCUUCGCUCUCUCGGAAGGCUUCGUCGGUAAGGAGCCAGGCUCCGAGGCCAAUGGAACAACCCACGGCGCGACGAACGGGGCCACGAAUGGGGACGGGAAGCCCAAGGAGCCUUGCGGCGAUUCAACAUCCCCUUGGGUGGCGUGUCCGUUCCACAAGCGCAACUUCGACCUGUCAUCAGGCGAGUGUAAGUCAGAUAAGAAGUUGUCCAUCGCGACGUUCAAGGUGGAGGAACGCACUGACGGUCUCGUGUACAUCAAGUUGCCUCUUGUCGAGGAGCUGGAUCGCGAGCUCGGGACGAAGAAGUGGAUGGUGAAGAAGGGCGAGGCGCCCCCGAGCCCCUUCGUUGAGCUCGACACGAAGAUCGCGUUCAAAGGUCACCGAGCCAAGAAGCCUGGCGUCAAGCCUAUGAUGAAUCUGCCUAUGCGGAAGCCGGUCGAGGCGUUGGUCAAUGGUAGUGGUGGUGGUGGCUGUGGAGCUGCACCAGAUUGGUAA